AUGGAUGAAUUUAAUCCCGGUAUUAUCAUUAAUCUCAAUUCGAACUAUUCUGAUUUCCGAUUCGACCCAUUUACUCUUCCUGUAUUCGUGGCUUUUAUUCCGUUUCUAUACAUUAUUCCUACUUGUUUUAUUAUACUUCGAAUUAUCCAAGUCUAUAUCGAGAAGGGAAUAAAGAAAAAUGAGGAAGUAGUCAAUAAAAGUGUGUUCCUUGUUAUCAUUCUGUGUCAGUUAUCAUGUCUAAGCUUUUUCCUCGGAGACUUGCUGACAAUCCGACUUCCUUCCACUGGAAUUAUGACGUCAUGGUGUUACAAACAGACCCCGAAUCGUCUUUUGACUCUUCUUUUCACGUUUCAAAUAUACUCCAGUUAUCCUGUUAUGAUCUACCCGGUACUGCUGAAUAUCGUUCGAUUCGUUCCGAUUCAUUGGCCGCUCAAUCAUAGAAAAAUCAACUCAAAAAUACUGCGUUACAGUAUUCCAUUCAUCCAUCUCUAUCCAUUUUUCUUCACUUUUUUCAUGUUUCCGGCGGUUGGAGUAUGUCGACAACUCAAAGAUCCGUAUGAUUUCGGAUCUAUUUAUGUCCACUUUUUCGGUUCAUGGAAUGAUUUGAGAAAUGCUCCAUUCCAACUUUUGAAUUCAUUCAUCUGGUUCAUCAUUUGCCUUCUAAGCAGCUUUUUACUCUAUCGGAAACUUCGAAACUUGAAAGUAGCUCGAUGUCAGUUAAACAGGAGCGUCAAAUACCAAACAGCCGAAGUCUCAUUGACACUCACAGCUACUUCAAUGGUACUUGCAUACAUUACGAAUCUUGUUUUUCUGGGGAACUUCAUAAUAGACAUAAGACUUGGAACAUACUUUGCAGUCUUUCGUCCGUAUGGAAAUGAUCUGGAGAUCUGUGUUGUGACAUGGGUGUUCUAUUUAACUCAUCCAGCAUUUCACGAGAAAAAGAAACUAAGAAAUAAUCACAGCACACCUCAUCUACUGUGA